AUGCUCUACAACGCCCUCAUUCGCACCCACCACAUUACCUCCCGCAAAAAAGUCUCUGCCCUCAAACGCGCCGCCGACGCCCACAACUGCUUCGUGCUGUUGCGCUCCGGCGGCUGUCCCGGCAUCAUGUACGUCGAGUCCAGCCAGAAGGAGGCGGUCGAGUCCUGGGUCAACGUCGUGCGCAACCUGCGCUACAAGGACUUUCAGCUGGUCACCCGGCCUGACGUGAAACAAGGCUCUCCUAUGCAAGGACAGCAGUCUGCUGACAGCAAGGCUGGCCUCUCCGAAGUCGACACGGUCAAGGAGUUUGGCAGCGCCAUGCAGCGCAGGGGGCUAUAUACACCACCCAUCUUGCAUCCACUACUCCACCGGGUUAUCCCCAGGCAACCGCUCCAACGGCCCAUGCUGUCCAACCUCAUCCCCCGGCGCCGCAACCUCCGGCUGAUGCCUGACCGGCGCAAUCACUUUUUGCGUCUUCAUGAUCGAGCACCGCGGAUCGCUCAGCCCCUUCGGUCCUGUGCACGUCGCGGCCGCCUUCUCCAGCGCCGGCUGGUCCGUCCACCCGUGGAUGAAAUCCCCAUGCAGCCCGAACCCCGUCGCAUCCCCGUUCGAAUACACCCAGUUCCUGUACUCCGGAUACCGACUCGUGUCGUAGAUGAACUCGAGGAAGAUCGAGUAGAUCGCGACGGGGUGCGACGGCGGACAGACCCCUUUGUUAUAGUCCCCGAUCGCCGGGUACGCCAUCUUCACAUCAUCAUCAGCUUGUGUCUUAUUGUCAGUCGCGAGGUCACUCACAUGGCUCACAUGAUCCGCACUGUCGAGACGCUUCCCGUCCCAGCACGACGGCAUAAACACCUGCGACCGCAGCUUUGCACAGCGUCGCUGCGGGAACGCCUUCGUCUCGCUGGAGCCGCCGUCCGCGUGGAUGCACAUCCUGUCUACCGCGAUAUGCAACGGGGGAAGCCAGCGAACCGUCUGCUCGAAUCCCCAGCCACCAUCCGCAAACCCGCCGGCGGCGCGAUAGCCCGCUCCUUCGGACAGGCCGUCUCGUGCGCGGUGUAA